AACUGGUUUCCAGUCGCAGUAAGAAUGGCAACGGGUGUGAACAGUUUGUUGCGUUGCAGUUCAUUUGUAAUUGUUCUGAUUUGUAUCAUUGCUGUGUGCCCGUCCAAAAACGAUGGUAUCAGUGCUGCCUGUGGAAAGAGAAAGAUAAAUCUUCAACAGUUGGUCACCCACGGAUACACGACAAAUCCGGGUGAAUUUCCGUGGCAUGCAGCGCUGUUCAUGCUUUCGGGCUUUCAAAAGUCCUACAUCUGUGGUGGAUCACUGGUAAACGAGUUGAGCAUCGUCACUGCGGCGCACUGUGUGGUAGAUCCCAGCACUAGGCAGGUGCUAUCUCCGGCCAGUUUGUACGUGCAGCUGGGAAAGUUCAAAUUGAACUUGUAUGGGGACUCGGUUCAAGAGCACGCCGUGCAGCAGGUCAUUACCCAUACAAACUUUCAGUCGACAACGAGUAAAUUUGACAUAGCGAUAUUGAAAUUGGCUACCCAAGUGAGAUUCACGGAUUACGUGCAGCCCAUUUGUGUGUUUCCUCAGCCACAGCCGAGCUCCGGUGAUGGGUCGGAUGAAGGCGUCGUAGUUGGAUGGGGUUACACGGAGUUUGAUGCUCUGUCGGAUGCCCUGAAGGCUACUACGGUGCCACUGAUCAGCUACACCAAGUGCUUGGAAAGCAAUCCGGAUUUGUUCGACAGGACUCUUUACGAUGGCAUGUUUUGCGCUGGAUAUACAAAUGGAACAAACGUAUGCAACGGUGACAGUGGCGGUGGGCUGUACUACAACCGGAACAACGUUUGGUAUCUGAUAGGAAUAGUGUCGUUCACGGCUGCAAGGGAUACGGAUUCGAAUUUGUGCAGCACUAACGAUUACACCGGGUUCACCAAAGUAUCGGCAUUUGAGGAAUUCGUUGUGAAAUCCUGCGGACUGGUGGUGCCACCUCAAGCUGAGGCAACUGAUCAACUCGAGCUGGGACAUGGGAAGAAACAAAAGUAUUUCCACGCGUCUAACUUCAACGUGGCUGAAAAAAUCAAUUGGUUUCAAGCCGCGGAUUACUGCAGGUCACUUAGGAAGCACCUGGCUGAAGUUAAAUCCCCGGAGGAUAAUGCCAAGGUGAAGGAAAUUGUUCGGCAAGGAGGUAUGGAGAUAGAUGCCAAUGGAGUGGCGCGGAACAAGCAGUACUGGAUCGGGGCCAAUGAUUUGGGAGUUAACGGGCAAUUUCGGUGGCAGUUUAGUGGAAAGCCUGUAACCUUUACUCACUGGAGACACAACGAACCCAAUGAUAUGAACAACAACCAUAAUUGUGUAGCGGUUUUGGGUAAUAAACAAGCAUUCUGGAUUGACACGAAUUGUAAGGGUAAAAGGCAGGUUCUUUGUGAAUAUUUGAAAUAAAGUUAAAUAUCGUUAUGCAUAUCCUUCUGACAUUGA